AUGGUUUCAAUUCUUCGGAGAAUGAGAGCCUUGAAAGCUCUUCUACAUAUCAGAGUCGGUCUUGGAGCUGCAGUUUUACCCUCUCAAUCAGCCAAUGGAACUUCGACCAUACCUCAAGUAACCCGUCUCCAUCUCACAUAUUACAAGAACAUGCACGAAGGUCACCAUGGUGCCCGGAAAUUUUGGCGCUUAUGUCUACCCCGAUUAAAAUACUACAACCCCGGUGUGGGAAUGACGGUUAAACAACUAGACGACGAAGCUGGACCUGCCAUAUUAUCCAUAUACUCUGCCAAACCUGCUGAUGGAGCAGCCGCGGCAACAACAGGGACUCUCGAUAGCUAUGCUCCACCCCCCACAGAAUCGGAGACUGUUAAGGUCAUUGAUGUGAAAGGCAAGGACGUUGAACAGAUAUGGGCGACCUUCAAAUCAGUAACCAAGGCUGAGAAUGUCCCAAUAGACGAAGAGGAUAAGAAAGAGAUGGAACUACAAGCGCAAUUGAAUGCUCAGAGUGAGAUCGACCGACAGCGGGUGGCCAUGGUUCGCAAAGCGAGAAAGGACCAGGAAGCCAUGUUGGAGGCUGCAAAGGCAGCAGUUGCCAAACAGAGGGAAGAGUAA